AUGAAACGUGGUGUAGUGCACUUUGUUGAGCCGAACAAGGACAGCGGUGACGAAGAAGAGUACGAAGCUGGGCCGGAAAGCGAAGCGAAUCCCGAAAGCACGCCCAACACUCUCGACGUUGCAUCAAAAGCCCGCCGGCAAAACUCAAAUUUGAACAGAGUGUCUAGCGAAAGCCAACUGGCGUCGACGUACGGUGACCUAACCUCGUUCGUGGACCUUCCAACCUCGGACCUCAACGACACUAGCGAGUUGCCUUCCAUCCACGAGGUCCUGAACACUCAGGUCCCACCGUCUCUAAUCGGUAUCACGACCUGUACCAGUAAUAGUGCGCCGCAAAGCAUUCGCGCCGUGUCUUCGAUAAGUCAGAUAGUAAACACAAACUGGCAGGCAAGCCCCGGAUCACUUCAACGUCUGUCACAGUCCCCGAGUCUAUCGAAGAAGAGCCCUUUCGGAUCGAUCAACAAUAAUCAGUCUCCUUAUAAUUCCACGGCAUUCAGUCCGUCCUCAGCGCCAACACUCAGGUGGCCCGUGAACAACGCACACGAAGCCCGUCUCCUCCAUCAUUACCUCUUCUUUUGCACCUCGUGGAUCGAUGUGUGUGACUCACGGCGGCACUUUGCUACUGAGGUACCAAAACGCGCAGCCCACUUCCCCGUCAUCCUCAAUGGCAUACUGGGUGUUGCUGCAAGACACUCCUGGCUGAUGGGCAAGGCCGUAGAAGACGUGUCGCAACCUUAUGUAGAUCAGUGCUUACAGGCGCUAAUCGUAGCACUUGAGGACCCGCUGGCACAUUGGGAUGAGAACUUCCUCAUAGCCGUUAUCCUGCUUCGGCUUCACGAAGAGAUGGGCGAUGCCGACGAACACUGCCACCACCUCGUACGUUCUCUCGCCCUUGAGCUUGACUACGGUGGCCUCCGCGAAUCAGCAUCCUGGGUUUCUCUCCGCCAACACAUCUACGUCUCUCUCACAACACAAAAGCCACUCAACCUAAGCCUCGACAACUACCGCCACUCAGCUGUCUUCAGCGAGUUUGACGACGAAAGCUGGGCGAAUCGCAUCAUAUUCCUGUUCGCCGUCGUCCUACAAACUGUCUUCGGAGGCACAAACAAUGGCAGCGAAAACAUCAGCCGCGAAACAUGGAAAGAAUUGAACGAUGAAGUCGAGGAAUGGGAGCGCACGAAGCCUUGGACGUUCUCGGCUUUCCACGUCGAACCCGAUGCGGGUGAUAAGUUUGAGGGAAGCUGGCCUGAACUGCUCUAUACUGCUCACGAUAUACUCGCCUAA